CCCCCUCCCCCUGAGGUGAUGAGCAACUUGUUCCUGGUCCCCCUUGGACUGUUCCUGUUGCUGGCACUGCUGCUUCUGUGUUGUCUCCACCAGCUUUGCCGUCCUAAGCGAAGAAAGCCGCCACCACCUCCUCCGCCUGAGCCUGAAGAACCAGAAGAGGAGCCCCUUCUGCCUCCACAGCCUCUGCCCCCUCCUCCAGCACCGCCCGUCACUGUGUGCCCCGUUAUAAUCGUGUGCUGCUGUGCGUGCGGCGGCGUGUGUGUGAACAGAGGCCCGGAGGGCACCUUGAUCUCAUGCAACUUCAGUCACCCCAGCUGCCACCAGGUGCCACUGACAUGGUCUCCAUCCUGUGCCCAGGGCACCAACUUUGACUUCCUGAAGAUGCUCUGUGCCGAGGGAUCCUGGGACCCCAGGAUCGGCCUUCAGCCCAACCAGGACGAUCUCCCCCUGGCCUACUGCUCCCAGUGCCACCACCAAGCAGUCCAGAGCGACCGGCUCCCCUCCAGGAUGCUCCCCCGCUCUGCCCAGAUGGCCUGCAGACCAACGCUGUCUCUCUCAGCCCCAUAGCCGCCCCCAGGCCCUGUGUGUGUGGACGAGAGGUCUUGCUGCUGAACUGGACGCAGGCGUGCAGCCGUGGAUUCUAAUAAAUCAGAGUUGGAUUUUGUUGCUGAGCAACACGGGCCUGUCGCCGGGAGAUUGCCCUCCCCACCCCCGUCUGAGAGGUGAUUAUUCUGCACCCCCAGGUCGCACACCCUGCUGCCCUGUGGUUGCUGGGCACGGGGACCCCAUUGCCAGUAGUCUGUCUUCACGCAUCACUGAGGGCUGGGAAACA